AUGCUCCCUGGACGUCUUAUUGAAGCCCGUCGCAAUGAUACCCAUGAUUUUGUUUGGAUUUGUGAAAGACAUUCACGUGACCAGCUUUAUGAGGCGAAUUUCUUGGCAUCAGGUUCAAAUGUUUCGCACUCCUCAUAUAUUGCAGACAUGGAAAGCAUUCCCGUCAAUAAUAUUAGGGCAAUUAUAAAUGAUAUUGUCGAAAAUGCAAGUUUUCGCCCAAAAAUUAUUGACGAAUUCAAAAAUAUUACAACCUCAACCAUGGAUAUUCUUGAAUUAUGGUUUCAAGAUGGUAAUGCCACCGUUAAUGAUAGAGAAUUUUUGGCGGAUUCAUUAGAAAAAUACAAUGAGCUUUUAUUACGAUUAUUGAGUUACCAAGUUCAUCGCAACCAUGCAAAGAAGACACUUUGGGCCAAUGCUAGGGCAGACCGACAAGAUAUUAUAAAAUUAAAGGAAGAGUACAAGGUGAAUAUGAUAAAAUUGAUGGCAGCAUUGAUCGAUAAAUCCGCGAAUAUUAUUCUUCCUGGGUUCAAAGGAUCCAGAGUAUCAUAUGAUGAUUCUUUUCUAAGGUAUGAAGAUGAUAAGUUUGCCAUGUGGAUUACUCGUAUAAAUGAACUUUAUGAAUUAUAUAUCAAACAAAUCAAAGACCAUUGUCUUUCAACUACACUCUUGCGUGAAUCUUACGUACCCACAAGUAAAAUUAAAGAGCUUUCAAACGUUAAUAAAAGGCAUGGUUCCACCUUCUGUGUAGUAAAAAGUAAAACCGAUAGCAACAUGGUAGCAGAGAAACGUCUGCUCAAGAACGCCAUAAAUUUGAAUAUGCUUUAUAGUGUGGAGAAAGAAAUAUAUUUGUUCAAACGAUACCUAGUUCCCUGUAACCAUAUAAUUGGGUUCUUUGGUGUGACUGUGAAAAGUAAUACACCAUGUUUAUUGAUGGAGUGGGCACAGGAUGGAAAUUUGUAUCAGUAUAUGAAAACAUAUAAGACCGUGGAUAAAAAGGGAAUGAGUUGGCAGUUUAAAAUUGGCUUGGCUUUAGAUAUUGCUAAAGCUGUAAGCUUUUUACACGAAAACGGAAUCAUACACUUGGACAUUCGUAGCCAUAAUGUGCUCUUGACUUCUGAUAAGAAGCCUAAACUUUCAAAUUUUCUUUGGAGUAGAAAACUUGAUGGCGAACAUACAUUAGUAUCUCCUCCCGCAAACUAUAAACACAGUUUACGUAAUCGAUGGAUGGAGCCACAGCAGUUACUAAAUCCACCACAGAGUAAAUUGGAUUUUAAAUCUGAUAUUUAUAGCAUGGCCAUAUUGUUCUGGGAAAUUACUGAUGGUCGAGGAACCUUACCACACGCACAUGUACCAGAUAGAUUGCUUAAGCAAUAUGUAGUUGAUCAAAAGGGGCGAGAUGGAUUACCUUAUGACGAUGAAUAUCAUAUUUUCAACAAAUUGGUACGUAAAAUGUGGGCGUGGCAUCGGCCUCAUAGGCCUGAAACAACGCAAGUUGUAACCAUCCUUGAAAGACUUUCAAAUAUUAAGGACCCUUAUACUGUUUUAAGAUAUGGAUCUAUAAUGUAUAAAAAUGAUUUACCUAACAUUGCCUAUUAUGGGUCGACUAUCACGUAUGUACCACAACCAGCAUUACCAUUCUUGGUUCGUUAUUCAAAUGAUGAAUCGGACGGUUUAGCGGAUUGGAUGGAGACGUUAGCAGCGGAAUAUUCAAGAAAGAGUGGUAUAAGCAAGUCUCUGCCAUAA